AUGUCUUCUGUCGUGAAAAAGGGCACCAAGCGGUUUGUUCCCAAGGUCCAACCGCGGUCUGGCCGUCGAAGGCUGUCGUCUGUGACUCAAAAGCCCAGCGCAGCGGCCACCAAGCAGCUCAAAGAGGCCGCGUCCAAACUAGUAUCCAAUGAAGAGGCUAUUGCUGAAGAGGAGGUGACUCUUCCUGCCACUCCCCAGGCGUCGCAGAACGUCCCUGCCACCGAAGAGACCUCCGAGUCGUCUCAGCCUGCUCUCAGACUGCACCCGCGACCUCGAGCGCGAAUCUCAGCCACCCUGGCGGAACGACCUGCCCUGGCCUCUCGUCUAGAGACACAAAGGGAGGUGAGUGGCCUGGCGUCUCCUCCCUCGUCCCAGGUGACCGAGGAGUCCACCACUGUUGUUCGGUCGUCCGGGUUUGCGGUUGUUAAUAAGACGAUUACCGAGGGCACCACCACCACGACAACCACCGUCACGAGUGUUAGGUCCCCCACUCUCACACGAAGUGGCAAACGAAAUGCAGAGGAGAUUUCUGGGUCCAGUUCGCUACGAUCGACCCAGCGAGGAGAAGACGAGGAGGCCGUGGCUAGCAGUAGUGGAACUAUGGACGGAGUCACCACAGAUGUGUUGGUGUUGAGAGAUAACGCCGCCGAAGAAGAAGGGUCGUCUGCGCCCAUCACACACAUUUCUGUGGCUGGACGAGCACGCAAGGGUCCCUCGGGUCCUCUCCUUCCACCUCGAAGACUUCCCGAUAGCGCCAACAAAAUGUUUGAUGCCGAAACAUUGUAUCUUGUUUCUGGCCGAAGCAAGCCAUCCAUCUUUAUCGACAACCCCGAAGAGUGGACUUUGGACCCCGAAACGGUCACCAUGGCCCAGUUGUGUUCCGAUGUGCGGAUGGGCAAGAGUUGUGCGGAGAAUGACCAGGCGGUCAGGCAUAAGGCAGCUCUGGAACGUCGACGGGACAACUACCGACGUGCCAAAAAGUGGGUUGAGGAGAGCCGCGAGGGAGCGCCCAACUUGCGGUGUAAUCUGGAUAUGGAGGGUAACGAACUACCUGUUCCAACUCUGGAAGAAGCCCUGGCUUACAAUCCCAACUACGUGCGACCCAACGAGGGAGUUCGAGACGACGGCUUUGAAUACAUCAAGGCCGAGGGUAUUCCUCUUGAUAUGGCCGCUUUGUUUGACGAGAAUGACGAGGAGCAGGAGAAAAAGAAGGGGGCCAAGCCCAAGAGCGAGUUGCGUGCCAAACAGGACAUGGCUGUGAAGGCGUUGGACAGUGCGCCAAACCGAAGAAACAAACCCGAGCUGAAGAUCAAGGGCGGAAAGUUUGUGGUGGACCAGUCUUCCACUGUUGUUGAUCGUCAUGAACAUGUAGAAGCAGGACGUGAUCAGAGAGAGGUUGAAGAGAUUGUCAAGGACUUCUCCAGGCCCACUACUUCCGUCACUCACAGGCGAAACGAAAAGGCCGCCCGAUGGUCCGCAGAGGAGACUACGCGCUUCUUCAUCAAGCUCAGUGAAUGGGGCUCCGAUUUCAACCUCAUUUCGCAAUUCUUUCCCGGUCGGACUCGACGCCAGAUCAAAAACAAGUUCAAGCUGGAGGAACGCAACAACCCGACCAAGAUCCACCUCGCUCUGGCUCGAAAACUGGACAUUUCCAUCGAUCAAUACAAGACCAAGGAGGGCUCGUCAGUGCUCGACACAGCCAAGGAGGUUGAACGCAAGCUGGAGAUGAUCCGAACGGAGCACGCCGAGCGAAUGAAGCGAGAAGAGGCCGCAAAGGCUGCCGCUAAGAAGGCCGACCGAGCCCAGGCUCUCGAGAAGGAGAAACAGAUUGUGUCUGGUCAUGACAAGAAGCUUACUCGAGGUCAGCGAGCCAAGAGACUACGGAAUAAUGAGGAGGUCAUUGGCGAGCUCCCCGUCAAGCCGGAGAGGAGGUAG